AUGUGUUGUUCACUCUCAGUCUCAGUCUCAAAGUCAAACCAGUUGCUCAUCUUCUCUAAAAGGGCACCCACCAAUCUCGUAAUUCCCAACUACAGUACUUCUUGUCUUCAACUUGAUAAUAACAAGCCAAGUCCAAGAAGAUUAAGGGCAGCGUUAUCCAUAGAAGAAAUACCCCCCAAUGCCCUUCGCCGGAAGACUGACCCACUGUGGAGAGGAGGGUUCAGUCUAGGGGUAGACUUGGGAUUGUCUCGCUCUGGUCUUGCCCUUAGCAAAGGCUUCAUUGUUCGUCCUCUCUCGGUUUUGGAAUUACGAGGACAAAAGCUUGAGCUUCGACUUCUUGAAAUUGCAGCAAACGAGGAGGUGGGUGAAUUCAUAAUUGGGCUUCCAAGAUCUUGGGAUGGUAAGGAAACCCCACAAUCCAACAAAGUUCGUAGUGUUGCUGGAAGGUUGGCUGUUCUUGCUGCUGACAGAUGUUGUGACUGGGAUGGUGCUUCACAAUACCUUAUUCUGCAUGUUUUGUUGAUGCUGCGUCUUACCUUGCAUAAAUACAGGGGCCUCAGCAAGUCUACUCGGCAGAAGAAAGUUGAUGCCUAUGCUGCUGUGAUGGUUUUAGAGAGAUAUUUUUCGACGUUUGGUGAGGGAACUGAGCUUGUGCUACCCAAACAUUUAGAUCUACAAGAUAAACUUCAAAGAGAUCCAUCUGCUGCAAAGCAAUACAUUCAGGACCAGGGAGCACCUAUUGUCAUAAAAGCAGAUGGCUUGGCUGCUGGAAAGGGAGUUAUUGUUGCCAUGACACUUGAGGAGGCAUACGAAGCUGUUGAUUCAAUGCUUGUGAGGAGUGUUUUUGGUUCUGCAGGUUGUCGUGUCAUUGUUGAAGAAUUUCUGGAAGGAGAAGAAGCAUCUUUCUUUGCCCUGGUGGAUGGAGAGAAUGCUAUUCCUCUAGAAUCUGCUCAGGACCUUAAGAGAGUUGGUGAUGGAGAUACAGGCCCCAAUACUGGCGGGAUGUGA